UUAGCAAGAUUUUUGCUAAUAAACAAAUACCAGUUGCAAAUUUAAAAUUUUAUGUGUGGUAUGUCGUACAAGAUAUCGAUUCAAUUAAAGAUUGUCACUAAAGAAAGAAAACCGUGAUGUAUGGAUGUAGAGAUCAAACCAAACCAUUAACAUGGUCAUACCAUCAUGACCUAUAUGCAUCACAUCAGCAGCUUGUAUUGAGGCAAGAAGCAAAUACCGUUGACCGUCGAAAGCCAUCUCCGGUCCAAUCUCCGAUAUGCAUACAGAGUGGUAAACGGAACAGUUUGUAAUCAUUUAAAGAAAGAUGAAGGCAGAGACAUUGACAUUGGUGCUGGUAAAUCUAGCAAGUAUUAUGCAGAGAGCUGAUGAGUCAUUGCUUCCAGGAGUAUACAAAGAGGUUGGUGCUGAACUUAACGCUGAUCCAACUGCGUUAGGUUCCCUCACUCUUUUCCGAUCCCUUGUUCAAUCAUUCUGUUACCCUCUGGCUGCUUACCUGGCCACGCGACACAAUCGUGCACAUGUUAUUGCUCUAGGUGCUUUUCUUUGGGCUGCUGCCACUUUCCUCGUCGCCAUCUCCUCCACCUUCUUACAGGUGGCAAUUUCAAGAGGAUUAAAUGGCAUUGGACUAGCCAUUGUAAUUCCAGCAAUUCAGUCUCUAGUUGCUGACUCCACCAUUGAUAGCAACCGUGGUGUGGCAUUUGGGUGGCUACAACUAACAGGAAACCUUGGAAGUAUUAUUGGUGGUCUUUUCUCAGUACUACUAGCCUCAACAUCAAUCUUUGGCAUAUCUGGUUGGAGAAUAGCUUUUCAUCUGGUUGCAUUGAUUAGUGUUAUAGUUGGUAUAUUGGUACGCAUCUAUGCUAAUGAUCCACACUUUCCAAAAAAUGACAACAGAUAUCAAACUUCAAACCAGUCCUUUUAUUCUGAAAUAAAAGACCUAAUAAAAGAAGCAAAAUCGGUUAUAAAAAUUCCAUCGUUUCAGAUAAUAGUAGCUCAGGGAGUUUUUGGAUCAUUCCCAUGGUCAGGUUUGUCAUUUGCCACUCUUUGGUUAGAACUAAUAGGCUUCUCACAUGGUACAACAGCAAUUCUCUGGACCUUCUUUAUAGUUUCUGCUUCAUUUGGGUCUCUGUUUGGAGGAUGGUUCGGAGAUUAUUUAUCCCUACGGUUACCAAACACUGGGAGAAUAAUGUUGUCCCAAAUAAGUGCUGGUUCAGCUGUUCCUUUAGCAGCCAUUCUGUUGUUAAUGUUACCUGAUGAUCCAUCCACAGCCUUCAUGCAUGGUCUGGUUUUAGUCAUCAUGGGAUUUGCUACAUCCUGGAAUGCUCCAGCAACCAACAAUCCAAUAUUUGCAGAAAUAGUUCCUGAGAAGUCCCGGACAGCUAUAUAUGCUUUGGAUCAAUCUUUCGAGUCUAUAUUGCAAUCAUUUGCUCCUCCUGUUGUUGGAUUAUUGGCACAAAAUGUUUUUGGUUAUAGACCAGUUCCAAAAGGAUCUUCUGAUUCUGUUGAAAUCGAAACAGAUAGGGAAAAUGCAGCAUCACUCGCCAAGGCGAUCUGUAUUGUUUUUGUAAUUCCUUUGACACUUUGUGUCGGCAUCUACUCAUUCCUUUACUGCACAUACCCGAGAGACAGAGAUCGAGCAAGAAUGGUUGCAUUAGAGGAAUCAGAAAUGAAGCAACUAGAGGUGGAAGAUUGCACAAGAGAAAAAGAAGAAUAUUGCGAAAUUCAUGUUUUAGAAUCAAAAGAACUGAAAGGUAAAGAAAGUAGCAAGGUUGAUGAUGAUUUAGAUUAUCCAAGGGAAGAGAACAUAGAGUUUGAUGAUAAUGAUGAGAAAGUUUUGUUGUCCCGAUAGUUCAUAUAUGCAAGGAAUUGUGGAGCCUUAUUUGAAAAAAUGAUAGCUCCAUUUAGAUAGAGAAAGAUACAUCAUGUUAUGGCUUUUUAGAUUGUAUUAUGCCCUUAUUUUAGCUCCAUUUAGAGGUGAAGAAUUCGUGUUCAAAAUCAUCAUGUAUCGACACAUCCAAUGUCUAUGCGGCCUUUUAUCAUGAGUUCAUUUUUAUUAAUUUAUGCAAAAUGAUCAAAUAUGAUAGUUAUUGCAAGACGAA